CGAAUUUCAAGUUUAGGGUUUGAAAAUUUCUUCCCAAUUUCUGUGUAUGAAAUGUUAGGGUUAGGAAUGGCGAAUAGCUUGUUGAAUAAGUUGUGUAUGGAUGAAGAAGAUGCGAUGCUCAAUGUCGAAGUGCGAUGCAAACGCAUUUUGUUGAAAAUGCAGACUUCUUGGUCUGACUGCAAUCCCGGAAGGAGAUUUUGGUCUUGUCCUCACUAUGGGGCCACCAAUUGCAAGUUUUUCAAAUGGAGAGAUAAGCAAAGUGUUGAUGAAAGAUCAAAGUUUAUUAUUCCAAGAUUGGUGAACAAAAUCAAAGAGUUAGAAGAAAAUUACGAGCGUGUUAGGUUGCAUUUGGCUGAACUUUGAAAGUUUUAAGAUGCAGUUUGAUAAUCUCAACAUGAAUUCACUUGAAC